AUGGCUCAAAUGUACAUGUUUGGGUCCCUAGGAGGUCUUGAGCUGUUAAUACUCACAGCCAUGAGUUAUGAUCGCUAUGUGGCCAUCUGUAAGCCUUUGCGCUAUCACAUGGUUAUGAACACUAGAACAUGUGCUAUAAUGGCUUCUGCCUGCUGGCUGCUGGGGUUUUUACAAAACCUUCCUCCUGCUGCUAUUGUAAGCAGCUUCUCUUGUUAUUUAUCCAUUGAAAUCAACCACUACUUCUGUGACAUUGUUCCGGUGAUGAAAAAUUCCUGCGAUGACACUUCUGUUGUGGAACUUUUGUUCUUCAUAGUAGGAUUGUUACCUUCAAUUCUCACUCAAUUUGUUCUCACUUUUGUUCCUUACAGUUUAAUUAUAGUUGCCAUACUGAAGAUCCCAUCUGGAAUCGGCAGACGUAAAGCCUUCUACACGUGCUCCUCACACCUCACGGUGGUCAUAUUGCUCUACACAACACUUUUCAGUCAGUACAUGACACCAAACCUCGGUAGCACCUUGGAGUUCACAAAACUUUAUGCAUUAUUCAACACAGCUGCUGUCCCCAUGCUCAACCCACUGAUCUACAGCUUAAAAAACAAAGAUGUGAAAAAAGCUCUGAAAAGGAGCUGGAGAAAAGACAUAUAA